AUGCGUUCCUUGUCGUCCGUUGCGGUUCUGUCCGCCAUAGGAGCAGCCUCCGCUCAAUUUGUGACUAGCUCGACGCCGGCGUCAACUUUCUCGACUGCUGUUUCUUCGGCGGUAUCUCCGACUUCGUCUACCCCCUUAGGCUCUUCCGCUGCCAGCAGCUCUUUUGCCAAGGUGGAUGGUCUUGGCUUCAAUAUUGACGGGGAGUCCAAGUACUUCGCUGGCACAAACUCGUAUUGGCUGCCAUUCCAGACCAACAAUGUGGAUGUUGACUCUGUCUUCAAGCAUCUGCAAGAGAGUGGUCUCAAGAUUCUGCGAAUUUGGGGUUUCAAUGAUGUCAACCAAGUCCCGGAGGCCGGGACUGUCUACUUCCAGCUCCAUGAUAAGACAACCGGUACUAGUACCAUCAACACUGGCACCGAUGGUCUCCAGCGUCUUGAUUACGCUGUGUCUGCUGCCGAAAAGUACGGCAUUAAGCUUAUCAUCCCCUUUGUGAAUUAUUGGGAUGAUUAUGGUGGCAUGAAUGCGUAUGUUACUGCCUACGGUGGCAGUAAGACUGAAUGGUACACCGAUGAGAAGAUGCAGAGUGUGUACCAGACAUACAUCAAGGCUGUUGUCUCACGCUACAGUGAUUCCCCUGCCAUCUUUGCGUGGGAGUUGGCUAAUGAGCCUCGCUGUGCGGGCUGCCAAACCGAUGUCAUCGCCAACUGGGUAGCCAAGACUUCCUCCUACAUCAAAUCCCUCGAUUCCAACCACAUGGUCACCACCGGUGAAGAGGGCAUGGGCCUAACUGUCGGAUCGGAUGGCUCUUACCCUUACACCGAAACCGAAGGCAACGACUUUGCCAAGAACCUUGCGGCCCCUGAUAUUGACUUCGGAGUUUUCCACCUCUACGUGGCCGACUGGGGUAUCACCGACAAUGCUUGGGGCAAUGACUGGAUCCAGUCCCACGCCAAAGUUUGCGAGGCUGCUGGAAAGCCUUGCAUAUUCGAGGAAUAUGGCAUCAAGAAUGACCACUGCUCCGCCUCGCUGCAGUGGCAAAAGACCGCUCUGGCUACCUCCGGCAACGCUGCUGAUCUCUUCUGGCAGUAUGGCGAGCAGCUGUCCACUGGUCCCUCCCCAGAUGACAAUUAUACCAUCUACUAUGAAAGUGAAGACUGGAAGUGCGCUGUCACUGACCAUGUUAGUCAGAUUUAA